CAGUAUUUAAGAUUGGACAGAAAUCACGGACCGAGGCGAUGGUGACGACCGGAAUUUGAAGACCUGCCAUGCGCCGGCAGCUCUCUGGUCUUCUGACGGACACACACACUCUCGUACACAGUGCAUAUGAGAACUGAUUCAUGCUUCAGGACGCCACCAUCUCUUUCGCCAUAGCUCGGACUGCUUCGAAGUUGUGCCGCUUCCCACAUCUGCUGCUACUACUGUUGUGGUUGAAGGAAUUUGCAGCGCGGGACCAAAAUUUGAAUCAAAAUGGGUUCUGCUUCCUUCUUGGUGAUCUGUAUCAGCGCCGUGCUCUACCUCGUCGCUUUUGGUCUCGCCCUCGGAGCCAUGGAAAAAAGAAGCAAGGGAGAUCUCACAGUUGUGAAUCAAGAGAUGGGGACCUUAAAGUGCCACUAUACCUCAGACAUUGCUACAGGAUUAGCCGCGGGCGCCUUUAUUUUCUUUUUGAUAGCCCAGAUAUUUGUUAUGAUUGUCACUCGCUGCCUCUGUUGCGGAAACGGCUACAAGCCCGGAGGUUCCCGAACAUUUGCCAUCUUAGUUUUCAUCUUCUCCUGGUUGUCAUUCCUAGUUGCCAUUGCAUCUCUUAUUGCUGGCGCAAGCCAGAACAAAAUUCAAACUAAGGGCUUAUUUUCAACAAACGGGCCUAAUGUCACUUGCAGGCAAGUGCAGAAGAGCCUGUUUGCUGCGGCAUCUGCUUUCAUUUUCAUUACCAUGCUUUUGACUGAGAUUUACUAUGUCCUAAUCUCUAGGGCUCAAAGUAGUCCAGAGGCGUGGCAGUCGUACCAAGGUGGUCCAUCUGUGGGCAUGUCUGCGUAUACUUGAAACCUAAUCAGUUGUAGAUUCCCUCGUGUUUCUGCAUCUGUUUAGUUAGUGCAUUUUAUUUUAUCCUUGUUCCCCGGCCAUUUUGACGUCUACUUCUCAGGAAGUACGACUGUGCGACGGCAGACGAGGAGAUUUAAGCUUUUUUAGUUGGGUACCGCAUUCUUAAAUGAAGGUGCAACUCAUUCCUUCUGCAAGCAAUUGGUCUUCAGAACAAAGGCUUCCUUGUUUGUCUACACUGUCGUCUAUCAUCGAAAAGCACGUAAGAUCUGACUACUGCCGUCUGUGUAAAAGUCGACUAUCUGUCUAGAGGCCUUUAUUUGCUGAAAAGUUUUUGGACACAUGUUUUCAUAAAUUGUCCCGCUUGAGUCAAAAUACAUGUGGCACACAGAAUUUUCAAUAUAGUGAACUAUUUUGAGGUGA